AGCAGCUCUUGCGCAUGCACAAAAUCCAGAGCGCGCACAGCCCCUCUGAAGCCGCAGGUGUCGUAGACGUUCGAGGUCUGGGCUUUCCAACACGAGGCCACCUGGUGCUAUAAGCAAAACCACGUGAAAGCGCUUACUGGACCAAAGUGCCCGGCUGGACCAGAAGAGACGACACAGCAGAGGCGCUCCCGGGGGCAAAAAAUGCAGAGGCACAAUCCAGCCCACCUCCUCCUCGUGCUCGCGGCGGCCAACGCGCUAUUGGGACUAACUCCGAGCAACAGCCCCCGCGCGCGCGCGGCGGACCGCUUGGACUCGGCCGCGACCAGCCUGGAGACGUUCAAGCCGUCCGAGGUCUUCCAGGGCGGCUUCCAUGACAACGAUAAAGCCGUGCGUAGGGCACGAAGGCGGGCCCAGGACCGCGUCGCCGUGGCCUACCACGCGGCCAAGCGCGAGGGCCUCGCGCCGACCUUUGAUUCCGAGGACGCGAACCUUGCUGAUGUCGAGGAUUUCGAGCGGCGCACGGGCUUCGAGUUAAGCGCCUUCGACGUGCUGACGGGCGAGAGCGGCGACGAUAGAAGAGUGGCGGCGCACGAGGCGGGUCAUUUAUUGGCGUCGUACGCUUUGGGCGUGCCGGCCGUGGACUGCACACUGACGCCCUUCGACGCGCUCUGGCAAAACAAGGUCGGCGGCUUGGACCGCGCGGCGCCGGCGUCGGCCUUCUGCGACGGCGCGCUCCAGGACGCGCUGACGUCCGGGGAGGACUCGGAGUUGGUGGACCGCUACGCGGUGGUUAUUGCUGCUGGUGCUGCUGCUGAGGCCCUCGAGUACGGUCGCGCCAGGCUCCACGCCCACGACGAGCGCAUCCUGGUGUCGCUGUUCCGGGACGACUAUCGAAGCAAGCGGCGCGCGGCGCUUGCGCGCGCGUUGCAGAUCGUGGGCGAGCGCCGCGCCGCGCUGCAGCGCCUCACGGCGCACCUCCUCCAGUUCCGGGGGCGGUCCAUCGGCGCGACGAUGCUGGUCAUCGAUGACGAGUCGUACCAGCCGUCUGAUUUAUUAACGGCGACGCGGCGCCAGGUGUCGAGUUUGUUCCUGUGUGGAAAUCAAAUUUCGGGCGCCCCACGCCAUCGACGCGGCGUUGUAACUCACUGGUUGGUUUCCACACAGGCUUGUUCGCGCCUCUCCUAGCCUUCGCAGCAGCACCGCCUGCUUAUGCGUCGGACUGGCCGGAGUUCGACGCGAUCCGCGAGGAGCUCAAGGGCGCCGGCACCGGCGGCCUCGCGUUCAUGCAACAAAAAAUCGCCGCCAAGGACUACGGCGAGCUCCGCGAGUUCACGAAGCAGUGGGACCUCGACUUCCGCAAAGCGGUCUUGGGCAAAGCCAGAAAGGCCAUGCCCAAGGGGCCCGACCGCGACCGCGCGGUCCUCGUCGCCAACGCCGUGACGUUUGAUUUGAUCGGCAUCAACAAGGCCAUCCGGAAUAUUGGUAACGAGGACGACGCGGAAGCGAGGCGCUGGUUCGACACGCUCGUGGACGACAUCCGGGACUUCGUCUCGCUCGAGCCGCGGGGGCCGCGGCCGCCGCCGGAGGGGUAAAGCUCUUCGUUGUA